UCGGCAAAACCGAAGCGGAUGCCGUUGCUGUAGAUCAGAAAGCUUACAGGUGCAUCUGUGCUGGUUAUUUUAGGACUGUUUUAUAAAUGUAAUAUAACAGUUGUCAUUCAUCAUCAUGUAUUAACUGUUCGUCUCGUUUUUUUCCGAGUCCAGAUAUCACAGUUUAAACUUAAAAUGUAAGGUGCCAAAGGUUGUUUACGAUGUUAAGCAAGAAAGUAUUCAUAAACAAAUUACUAAAAACCUAGAGUUUAUUUUCUGGUAGCUAGUUUGUAUGCACAGUUGCACACGGGAUCUUAACCUUUUGUUUUGUAAAAAGGUUUAUCUUUAUUAGCCCGUCAAACAUAAUUCUUAUAGAGCCCACUUCAUCCUCUGGAAAUGGAGAUUAUAUACAGACAAGGCGUUUGGAUGGCAGAGGCUCUUCAGCUGAGAACAAGAAGUUAUGAAGAUUUCUGGCUCGUUACUUCACAUAUGGCAGACCCCAAAGCUGCAGUGCUUCUGGUCUUUCCAUUUGCGUUUUAUGUACAUAGACGAACCGGCAUCGCAGUCCUCUGGGUAGCAGCUUUAUCGGAGUGGCUUAACUUAGUCUUCAAAUGGAUCCUAUUUGGGGAGAGGCCCUAUUGGUGGAUAAGAGAAUCUGGAUUGUUUUUUGAAAACCUACCAAAGGUCCACCAGUUCCAAUCCACUUGUGAAACCGGCCCAGGCAGUCCGUCAGGUCAUGCUAUGGUCACUAGUGCUGUCUGGUGGGUGAUCAUCUCUUCCCUGGCAUCGUUCUUUCAUGCUCGCACAGGCAGUAAGAUAUUAGCUGCAGUGCCGUACCUGUUCUAUGUGGUCUUGUUGGGAUGCGUAGGUCUUUCCCGAAUAUUCAUCUUGGCUCACUUCCCUCACCAAGUCAUUGCAGGUCUUCUGACAGGAGCAAUUCUGGGAGUCUAUCUGAACCGAUCUGUGCCUGAAGGACGCCCUCUGCUGUUCUUCUUACGCUACAGCAUGAUGCUACUCUUUUGUGCACUUUUACUGCACACUGCUCUGCAAAGGACUGGAAUUGAUCUGUCUUGGUCCAUUUCACUGGCUAAAAGGUGGUGUUCUCACCCAGAAUGGGUUCGCAUGGAUACAGCACCCUUCUCCUCUUUGACCCGUGAUGCUGGAGUUUUGUUAGGUCUGGGACUUUCACAGUUUUGGAAGCCUGGCGGUUGGGCUCUUCCCUGGGUACCCAGGACUCUUUGUCUGGCCCUCUCAUCCAUGGCACUCCACUACAUCAGCAGUUUCCAGCUGCCCACAGCUUCUCCUCUGCUCUUCUACUCUCUGUUCUUUCUUAAAUACACUGUUGUGCCACAGGUAGUCAUGGUGUUGAUACCAGGAUUUGUGCAUCUCCUUACAGCCAAACCCAAGAGAGACUGAAAGUGAACAUUUUGAAGUAUGCCACAGACAGGACACUUCUGUCGUCUUUGAACCAGCCUUUUAAAGUCCCCAAAACAACCCAGCAGUUUAAACGCAAUAUAAUUUGUUGCGGUUCCAUUUACAUACAGUACAACAAUGCAGAUAAUCCAGAUGUUUUUUAACAGUAACACUUUACAAUAAAGUUGUAUUUAUUACCAUUAGUGAAUGCAUAAGCUAACAAUGAACUAUACUUCUACAGCAUUUAUUCAUUUUAGUUCAUUAACUAAUAUAUAUUUUUUAAAAUAAGAUGCUAGUUAAAGCACAAUGAACAAACAUGAAUAGGCACUUAGUAACAUUAACAAAGAUUACCAAAUGCUGAAAAACUAUAUUGUUCAUUGUUAGUUUAUGCAUUUGCUAACAUUAACAAAUACAACCUUAUUGUAAAGUGUUACUCUUUUAACUUAGAGAGUAACACCCUCUCUUAUUUAUGCAAAAAUGCAUAUGGAUUACAGCAGGGCUCUCUGGUGGGCCUAUCUUUAGCGUGUGUCCCAAACAGUGUUUCUUGAGAUGUACAUAUUUUUUGAUAGAUCAAAAUACUGUUCUGCUUCAACAGCAUCCUCCAUUAAGUCAUUCUUAGGUUUUUUAAACUGCUGUAUUGAAACUAAAAUUGUUUGAGUGUUCUUUAGCAGCAGUAAUAUUUAUCUUGCCUGCCGUUUCUCCCAGUAUUUGCUAAUUCAUUGUUGAAGUGUUCAGAGGGGUUUCCAGGCAUGUUUCUGUGGAAAUUACUGCCCCAGGUGUACAGUAUACAUGAUGGGAGCGGUAUGUCAGUGCAAGUCAAUUGGAUUUUCAUGUCUUUGUCUGCCAGCUAAAAAUCUGUUCCCAUAGAAAAGUAAUAAUACCCCUCAAAGAGGUUUGUUUAAAGGGGCAUUCCACUUUUUUUGAAAAUAUGCUCAUUUUCCAGCUCCCCUAGAGUUAAUUUGAUUAUUACCAUUUUGGAAUCAAUUCAGUUGAUCUCUGGGACUGACGGUACCACUUUUAACAUAGCUAAGCAUAAUCCAUUGAAUCUGAUUAGACCAUUAGCAUCAUGCUAAAAAAGAUGAAAAAGAGUU